CUAAUCUACACCAUAGUCUUAUUUUUCAACUGCAGCCUCAUGCCGCCUCUAGGAAUAUAUUGAAUAGUUAUCCGGUACCCAGAGACUGGAGAACAACGUCAACAUCACGGUUAAAUCGUGCAUUAAGCAAUAGGCUCACUUGGACUUUUCGCGCUAAAUCAGCUGUUGACAUGGAACGGUGGAUAGAGGAUCUAACGCUGGCUUCAGAAAGCUACAGACCAUUUUUACCUGCAGCAAAUGGAUAUAGAGAGCAAGAAGGACCACAAAACGAAGUUGAGACGGCUACCAGUGAGGAAAGCACAGAGGAAAAGGGAGAUGAGAAAGUAGAAAAACAAGCAGAGAAAGUGGUAGAGGAACCAGUAGAAGAACCAGCAGAAGAACAACUGCCAAAUGAGCAAGAAGAGGUAAAGGAAGAAGCUUCACAAGAACCUGCGUCAGAAGCCCCACAAGAGCUUGCUGUUGAGCCAACUAUUAAUGACACAACACAGCCAGAAGAGCAAGCACCUUAAUUUUUGCAAGCGUAUAAAUAUAAACAAAACAAAAAAUGAGUAAAUACACCUGAGUCCUUUUACACUUUAUUCAGAAAUGAUU